AUGUUCUCUCGAAGAACGACACCUUCUCCAUCAAUCACAACUGCUUCUUCUUCCACAUUCUCCAUCUCGAACUUGACGAAUAAUAAUGCGACUUCCACUUCGGAUUUACCUGCUUCCGCUAUUUCUAAUAUUGUUCCCCAAAUUCCGCCCACCCCACGUCGGGUACCUCCGAAAAUUGGACUUUUGCGACAUUUGUCUGGGUUUUUGGAGUCGAAAAAAGAUCUGAUGAAUGAUUGGGAAAUCGGUGGAACGCAAAACAAAUGGGUUUGUCCGAGCGAUCGACAUUUACAUUUAAGAGCACAAUUAAAAUCAGGAUGGUCUGUUCGAACGGCCACAGCGAGAUCUCCAACGAAUUCAAAAGCUCAAACAGGAUCGAUUACAGCUGCAGAACAAGAACAUAUUCAACGAGUUCUUGCGAAAGCCGAGGAGAGUAAAACUAAGGAACAACAGAGAAUCGGAAAAAUGGUGGAUCGUCUGGAGAAAAUGAGAAGACGUGCGACAGGAAACGGUGUUACUCAUUGUCUUCUCUGUCAUACUGAAUUCGGAUUACUCGCUUCGAAAAGCUACGCAGCGAUGUGUGUGGAUUGUAGAAAAUACGUAUGCCAACGAAAUUGUGGUGUCGAAACGACGGAUGUAAGCCAAACAACUGGAAAAGUGGAAACUGUAUUCCUGUGCAAAAUAUGCUCAGAAGCCAGAGAGGUGCUCUGGAAGAAAUCUGGCGCAUGGUUUUACAAAGAAAUGCCAGAAUUCCAAAGACCUGAUGAUCGUCUGCCCUAUUAUACUCCAGUAACUGCAAACGGUUCAGUUCCAAAUGCCAACUCAUCUUCAACUCCACUAUCUGGAACGCCUGCUGCUGGUCCUCAACCAAUGACAAUGCCAUCCACGUCAUCAUGUCAAAUGACAACUCCAAAAUGGGCAUCUCCCGGUGCAUCGAAUUCAACAGCACCACAAAUUACAAAUGGUCCAGCGUCUCCUCUUCCGAAUGGAAAUAGAAGAAAUACUGGAAACGGAGGAAUUGAUUUCCCCAGAUCGAAGUCUCCACGACCAAGGAUUCAACCAAGAUGGGUUAAUGAGAAAGUUAUGAGUAGCAUGUCGGUUGAUGACGAAGAAAAAGCAGCAAGUUCAUCCGAUGGAGAAUCAUUCAUCCAAUCGGGUAUUCCACGUCGUCAAAUUAACAAUAAGACUCCGGUUGCUUCUGCUUCAACGACAACAUCUCCAGCUCCUCCACCAACAUCAACCACUCCAACUUCUCGAAUAGAUGCCAAUAUGGAACGAUUCUCUCGUCAUACGAAUUCCCAUAAAAACAAACCGCUGUACAGUACUGAUAGUGAAGACGAUUCAUCUCCAGAAUCUCGUCCAUCAACAAGGUCUACUUCUCCACGACAUUCUCUAGCAACUCCAUCUUCAUACGCUCAUGACACGUGUCACGAUACAUCACUUCCGGAUGCAGAUACACGUAGCAUUGACAGUGGAGUUGUCCAAUCGGAUCAUUCGAAUCCACAACAAUCUGGUCUCACUUGUUCAUCUUCUUCAUUGACCCCACUUCAACAACAAACAAAUCAUGUAGAUCAUCAUCAUAGCUCUGGAAGAGGUUCUCCAAGAAGAAUCUCUAAUUCAGACAGUGCCACGUCACGAGUAGCUCAAAGUGCAUCAGGUACCUCCCUCGUCACUCCUCCACCUCCAAUCUCUUCCCGAACAAGUCCGGAUCAUCGAACAUCAAGUCCAAUGAAUAUAAUGGAACAUAAAACAUCAAGUGCCAGCACAGCAAGUAGUGGUGGAACAAGAAGAGUUGGUUCAGCUGAGCCGACAAUCAAUAAUCAUCAUUCAACGCAUAAUAAUCAUAAUCAUAAUGAAACGAAACGAUUAAUCACCCAAACCAGCAGAGCUGAAUCUCCGUUAGCGGCUGCUCCAAGUUAUUUGAAUUCUCCGGAUGAAGAUAUGAAGCAACGAACUCGUCGUCGUGACGGUGUUGGUCGUAUCAAUUCUCUUCAACUUAGAACUUCUCUUGAUGACGUGGCACCUCCGGUUCCCCCGGUUGCAGUUUCUAAAAUGAAUGGUCACGUCGUCACUUCUGAAUCCUCCUCCUCCACAUCUCAUCAAAACCAUACUCCAGCUCCCACAACCGUUCCAGUUGUUCUAGAAGAAGAGGAAGAAAAGGCAAUCACAGCGAGUACUGAAUCUGCUUCUGAACCUGGUGCGGUGAUUGACCAACGUCUUCUGACGGCAGCGAGCACGUCGCCUGUCGUAGAGUCAAAGCAUGCUUCUCGUCGUGGUUCUCGUGGUGUAUUCAGUUGCAGCCUAGGAUCAAUCAGUUUGACACUCACCUAUCACUCAGCUGAUAAGAAGCUGAAGAUCCAUUUAAUCCGUGCAAAAAAUCUCAAAGCAAUGGAUUCAAACGGAUUUUCUGAUCCAUACGUGAAAUUUCAUCUACUUCCCGGAAAUACGAAAGCGACUAAAUUGACAUCAAAGACAAUUGAAAAGACAUUAAAUCCGGAAUGGAAUGAAGAAAUGUCAUACUAUGGAAUAACGGAAGAAGAUAAAGAGAAAAAAAUUCUCCGUGUAACAGUACUUGAUCGUGAUCGAAUUGGAUCAGAUUUCCUCGGAGAGACGAGAAUUGCACUCAAGAAAUUGAAUGAUAAUGAGAUGAAGAAAUUCAACUUGUAUUUGGAAAGUGCACUUCCAGUUCCAGUUCAAACGAAAGAAGAGGAAAAUGAGGACAGAGGAAAGAUAAAUGUUGGAUUGCAAUAUAAUAUUCAACAAGGAUCCCUAUUCAUCAAUAUCAACCGUUGCGUUGAGCUAGUUGGAAUGGAUUCAACUGGAUUCUCUGAUCCAUAUUGUAAAGUUUCUUUGACUCCAAUCACGUCGAAAGCCCAUCGAGGCAAGACUUCUACAAAGAAACGAACAUUGAAUCCAGAAUGGAAUGAGCAACUUCAAUUCGUUGUUCCAUUCAAAGAUCUUCCGAAGAAGACACUUCAAAUUGGGGUUUAUGAUCAUGAUUUGGGUAAACAUGAUGACUAUAUCGGUGGAAUUCUCCUUUCCACGUCAGCAAAAGACGAAAGAGGUCGUCAAUGGAUUAAAUGUAUCGAAAAUCCGGGAACAUUGGUUGAAGCGUGGCAUCGUCUUGAAUUGGAUUCGUAG